AUGGUGUGGGUGACGGCCACUGCACCGUACAUCGUCCUGACCAUUCUGCUCAUUCGAGGCGUUACUCUGCCCGGUGCUGCUAAAGGAAUCUACUACUACCUUACGCCAGAUUUCUCCAAGCUGAAUGAUCCUAAGGUGUGGUCAGCUGCAGCAUCACAGAUUUUCUUCUCACUUGGACCAGGCUUUGGCGUUCUGUUGGCAUUGAGCAGCUAUAACGACUUCAACAACAACUGCUACAGAGAUGCCAUAGUCACUUCAUCCAUCAACUGUUUAACGUCCUUUUUCUCGGGAUUUGUCAUUUUCUCAACGCUUGGGUACAUGGCCGAGCUCACCAACAAAGAAGUCAGCGAGGUUGUUGGCGACCACGACGCCUCGGCGGAUCUCAUCGUCUAUCCGAAAGCGCAAGCUGGCCACUUCGCCGGGAUCGAGGCGCUCAUCACCGGUCUCUGCGACGAGUCCCGUCUAUUGUCGCGAAACAGAGAAUUGUUUGUGGGCGUGGAUUUGCGUGCUGUAUUAUUUUGGCAGCCUUCCAGCUAUCAGCUACGGAGGGCAGUACGUUAUCCCUUUUCUCGACGAGUAUGGUGUGUCGCUUUCAGUUCUAUUCAUAGUCACCUGCGAAAUGGUGGCCGUUUGCUGGUUCUACGGGAUCGAUCGGUUCAGCAACGAUAUCAAAUCGAUGCUUGGCUUCUAUCCAGGAUCUACUGGAGGGUGUGUUGGAUGAUGUGCCCCAUAUUCAUCUCGAUCAUCUUCAUCAUGACCGUAUGGCAAGCGUCGCUCGCUCCGAUGCAAAUGCCUGGAUACGUGUUUCCAAAAUGGUCGGUAGGACUCGGAUGGUUUCUACGAAUGUUGUCCGUGUCCAGUGUGCCACUUUUUGCCAUCUACAUGCUUUCAUUUGCCAAGGGAACGUUUACAGAGGUCAGUGGUAUUAAAUGUUAUACCUUUGUGAGUUUUGGGAACUUUCAAACAUGA